AUGUUUAUACUCGACUAUCUACAGCACAGGCGGGACUGCGAGGCCAAACAAGCCGAACGCGCCCGCCUUGUUUCUUCCCUAACCGACUACCACGGCCCACUCACCGCAGAUGACAAGGAGACCCUCUCUCAGCCAAUCGAGACCCUCGUUGCAUCCGUCCACGCCGGCGGCACCGCCACAGCACUCUCCGUCCUCCGGACAUACGGCAAGCUCGCCCUCAAGGCACACGCCCGCACCAACUGCCUGACCGAGAUCCUACUGCCGUCCGCCGAGCAGUGGCUUACUUCGUCUUCUUCCUCCUCUACCGAAGGCAAAGAAACAGCCGAAAUCAACCUCCGCGGCCCCCUGGCGGGUAUCCCCGUGAGCCUCAAAGACACCGUCGUCGUCGGCGGGUACGACGCCACGGUAGGCUACUCCUCCUUCACGAACCGUCCCGCGCCCACAGACGGACCAAUGGUGCGGAUGCUCAAAGACGCCGGCGCGGUACCCUACGUCAAGACCAACCUGCCCAUCACGCUCCUCAGCUUCGAGAGCGCCAACGACGUGUGGGGUCGUGCGCGCAACCCGCACAAUCCGGCCUACACGCCCGGCGGGAGCACGGGAGGUGAGUCAGCGCUGCUGGCGGCUGGUGGGCGCAUCGGGAUUGGGAGUGAUGUGGCUGGGAGCGUGCGGGUGCCGGCGCAUUUUGCGGGGUGUUAUUCGAUUCGGUGCUCGACGGGGCGGUGGCCUAAGGCUGGGAUUGCGACUAGCAUGCCGGGGCAGGAAGGGGUGCCGAGCGUGUAUAGCCCGAUGGCGCGGACGUUGGGGGAUCUGACGUAUUUUGCUAAGGUAAUUUUGGGGGAGAUGAAGCCGUGGACGUAUGAUUACACGGUGCAUCCACUGCCGUGGCGGGGGGAUGUUGAGACGGAAUUUGUGGAUGCGGGGAGGAAGUUGAGGGUUGGUGUGUUGAGAACGGAUGGGGUGGUCGACCCGAGCCCGGCGUGCAAGAGGGCGCUGGAGAUGGCAGAGACGGCGUUGAGGAAGCAAGGGUGUGAGAUUGUGGAACUGACUGGAGCACCGGACAUGUACGAGGGGCUGAAGCUUGCCUCGCUGCUGCUGAACGCCGAUGGUUGUCAGAUGUUUGAGUCCUUCCGGCGGCCGGGUGAGCGCCUUGAUGCCGGCGCAGCGCAGCUCAAAAAGCUGGCUGGGAUUUGGGCGCCGUUCCGGUAUCUCUACUACCUCUGGGCGAAGUAUGUGCAAGGAGACCACGUCUGGGCUGGUCUAGUGAGGCAUUGGCGGCCCCAGUCUGCAUUUGAGAACUGGAAGUUGGUCAGCCAGAGGGAGGUGUACCGCGCCAAGUGGUUCCAGUGGUGGGAUGAGCAGAAACUAGACAUUCUCAUCACGCCUCCAAACGCUACACCCGCAGUGCCCCACGACGGCAUGCAUGACGCCGUGAGCAGCUGCGGGUAUACGUUCUUGUUCAACUUGCUCGACUAUUCCGCCGGCGUGCUCCCGAUCACCCACGUGGACAGGGCAUUAGACCAGAUCCCGGCUUCCUUCAACGUGAAGAAACUGAACGGCGUAGCGCGCGGGGCGUACAAGCUCUACGAUUCUGAGCGCAUGCAUGGACUUCCCGUGGGCGUGCAGGUGGUGGGCCGGCGGCUGGAGGAGGAGAAGGUGCUGGCGGUCAUGAAGCGGCUGGAGGAUGCUCUUGGAGAUGACAAAUUUGCCUACCAAAAUGCAGCGUCGUUUGUACCGAAACUAGCUACCAAGGCCAUGCAAUGGCUCGACCCUCAGAAGGACGAUGUAAUUUUGGACGUUGGCUGCGGAGAUGGAGUUCUCAACAUUGACAUGGGCAAAAUCGGUGCCCAGGUUCAUGGCAUCGACAGUUCCCCAGCCAUGAUCGCCGCGGCAAAAGCAGCCGCCGAGUCUUCGGGCGUGGCCGAGAAAUGCACAUUCGAAGUCCUCGACGUAACCACCCUCCCCACAGCAGCACACAUCCAAAACGCCUCCUUCACAAAGGCCUUCUCCAAUGCCGCCCUGCACUGGAUCCUCCGCCAAGAAGACACGCGCGAAGCCGUCUUCCGCGGCGUCCGCGACGCCCUCGUCCCCGGCGGCACGUUCACCUUCGAGAUGGGCGGGUUCGGCAACGUAUCUGAGAUCCGGUCGGCGCUGUUGUCGGCUGUGGCGCGGCGUGUGGGCUUGGCCCGCGCUCGCGAGGCUGAUCCUUGGUUUUUUCCAGAUGAGGAGUGGGUGCGUGCUGUGAUGGAGGAUAAGGUGGGUGGGUGGAAGGUUGAGAAGGCGGAGAGGGAGUGGCGGCCGACGCCGGCGGAUAAGAGUGGGGUGGAAGGGUGGGUGAGGUUGAUGGCGAAGCUGUUUUUUGAGGUGUUGCCCGAGGGGGAGGAGAGGGAAGCGUGUAUUCGGGAAGUGGUCGAGGUGUUGGAAACGGUGUGUUUGCAGCCGGGAGGGGGUCACGUUUAUAACUAUUUGUCGUCGCUCCCCAACGACAUCCAGAAAUACUCGCGAAAUGUCGCCGACUAUGUGGACCGCCAUGUCGACCAACUAGCCGAGACGCUGCGGGAUACCCUCGCCAAGUCCGACUGGGUACCUGAGCAGUUCCGGCCCCGACUACCGCCGCCCCCGCCCGCAAUUAUCGCCGUGCCGACAUCCGCCCUCGAGAGAGCCCAAAAUUGGCUCUCACGGAACAGGUUGCUCGUCGGCUUCGUCGUGGUCACGACCGGCUACGUGGCUUACCGGACAUACCAGAGCACCGCGCGAUGGAGGAAGACACGGCGGGCGAGGCGCGCGCGUACCGGAGGCCGCAUGGAUGUUGUCGUGAUCGCGGGGUCCCCCGCACUGCCCCUGACGAGGUCGCUAUCGUUGGACCUCGAACGGAGGGGCUUCAUCGUUUUUGUGGUGUGCAAUAGCCACGAGGACGAGAUCAUGGUUCAAAACCUAGCACGGCCAGAUAUCAGGCCUUUGGGUAUUGACAUCACCGAUCCCACGAACGCGGGAGCCUCCAUCGAAACAUUCGCCCGCUAUCUCCAGGCUCCUCACGCGGCCAUUCCGAAUGGCAAAAAGCACCACAUUAGCCUCAAAUCCGUCAUCCUCAUCCCGUCGCUCAAAUACCAAACCUCCCCCAUCGCGACGAUCCCUCCCUCAAGCUUCGCCGACCUAUUUAACACCCACCUCCUCCAGCCGAUUCUCACCAUCCAAGCCUUCCUCCCAGUCCUCACAACGCGCCUCGGCCCGCCGUCGGACAAGGAUAGGCCAAGCCCGAAAGUGCUCGUCUUCACACCCUCCGUCAUCUCCUCCAUCAACCCACCGUUUCACGCUCCCGAAGCGACUGUCUGCUCCGCCCUUUCCGCCUUCACCGAGGUGCUGACGGGGGAGCUGGGGCCGCUCGGAAUCCCCGUAACACACAUCCAGCUCGGCUCGUUUGACUUGUCAGGCUUCACGCCGGCGGCCAACUCCCGCCUGCUGCAACCGGGCGGGCUCCGCUCCGCGCCGGAGGACGCUGACGCGCUGCCGUGGCCAGACUCGGCGCGGCACGCAUACGGAAAGAACUACGUCUCGCAAUCCGGGUCGGCCAUCAGCGCCGGCCGGAUCCGGGGAAUGAGGGGGAGCUCGCUCAAGGAGCUGCACAACGCCGUGUUUGACGUGAUGGAUGGGUCGAUCACAACGAGCACGGUGCAGGUCGGAUUGGGCGCGGGCAUGUACGGCUUUGUCGGGCGGUGGGUGCCGCGGGGCUUGGUGUCGUGGAUGAUGGGGAUCAGGAGGGUCGACGAACUGGCGGCGUGGCAGGGGAAUGGACCGUCGGGAUUUGGGAGUCCCAAGUCGGCGAAGAGUGAUGAGGCCGGGAAUGAGUCGUUUGUUACGGUGCCGCCGUUGGAACAUGUCGCCGAUGCGAAUGUUUGGAGGCGGACUGAUCUUUGA